UAGAGAUCCAGAAAUCAGAACUAACUGCUGGAGAAAACCAUUAGCACUGAAAUACAAGCAAAUACAAGAUUUUGAUCAAUGAUGAUGAAAAUCCUCUUCUUUAUCACCAUCUACAUCCUGAUCAUGGGUCACGUAAAGGUGGCCACUGAAACUGUGACUGGCAUCACUGGGGAAAGUCUCAUCAUCACCUGUCAGUAUCCACACAAAACCCUUAAAGACGCUGAAAGAAGCUUUUGCAAAAUACAGGACAACACAUGUGCCGCCACAACAGAAGCACAAAGUGAUUUAUGGAUUAAUGAAGAGAGAUUCUCUAUGUAUGAUAAUAAAUCUGUGGGUUUGAUGAGUGUGCUUAUUAGAAAUCUGACCGUAAAGGACAAAGGAACUUACAAAGGCAAAGUGGAUGGUAAAAUGAUUUCGCAUUUGGAUUUAAAUGUAGAGCACGACACCUGCUGUGGGCGAUCAGAAAGUCAUACUGGUUAUUUAGGAGAAAGUGUUACUAUCAGCUGUAAAUACCCAUUGAAAUAUAAAGACUAUCCAAAGCUUUUGUACAAAGUGCAGGAUAAAGUCCUACAGUCUGUUAUAUUUGUUCUGGGAUAUUCACACACAGACGGAAGAUUUUCUCUGACGGACAACUCUGCAGAAAAACUCUUUACUGUAACUAUGUAUCAAGUAAAUAGAGAUGAUAAUGGCAUCUAUCUUUGUGGAUUAACCAAUAACAACUACAUUCACCUUUUAACUGAGAUUCAUCUUACUGUUUCAUAUUUCCACGUGAUCAUUAUUGUGUGUGUGUGUUUGACUCUUCUCAUUGGAGGACUGUGUUUGUUACUGUUUACGCUCAGAUGUAAAAAGACAAAAGAUACAAUCUUACCAUCAAAUCCGAGGAACACAAGAGACUGUGAUGAGCUGUCCACUGAAGUUUACUAUAAAACAAUGAAAGAGUCAGAAACUGGAUCCACAACAUUAAAACCCGCCGUCAGUUUAGUCAACACAGUCUAUGCCAUGGCAGAAUCACCCACAAGUCCUUCUGACAGGGAUUUCUACACACUGGCUGAACAUCCCAAAAUCCCAUCAGACACCUGAAGAAACACAACAUCAAUGUCAAACAAACAUCUGACCUUUCUCUCCUUCAAUGAUGUGAAGUAUGAUCAACAGUUCUUCAAGAGGAGCUUGCUUAUUUACUUUGACAUUUGAACAUGCAGAUAUAAUUCACUUAGAUUAUAUUAACAUGGACUCCUGAAAGUCCCCAUGAAAUCAAAUCUAACAAUUCUUAUUUUUAAUGGAUUAAAGUAGUAUUUAUUAUACCAUUUAUAUUUGCAAGUCAUUGUUGCUUAAUUCAU